AUCCGGCCGCAUUAUUUCGAUUGUCUUGACCCUAAUGGCGGCGGAAAAUCUCUCACGUUAGAUAUUUCACGUCGUUCAAAAUAACUCGGAUUUUGCCAGCUAUAUACCGCUUUACAUGGCAGGCGACGGUGGAAUCACCAUGAGAUCUUUUGUGAUCAUUUGACAGAACUGAAAAUGGGUGAAAAUGGCCCUCAUCACCAGUAAAUCACGGGUAAAACCGAAAUUCUCGGUAGGAAAGAGACAGGAGGAGGCGAAGAAGUCGCGCCAGGAUGAACUGGAUGACCUGUUUGUCAAAGGCUAUGCAUGCAAGUUGUUUCGCGACGAUGCUCGGGCAAGGGAGAUAGACAGGGGCAGUCAUCUUAUACCAUGGAUGGGAGAUGACACGCUGAUGAUAGACAGGUAUGAUGGAAGAGGUCAUCUACAUGAGCUAAGAGAUUUUGAACAGGCAGCAUGGAAUGAAGAUAACCAACUAUCCAAAGAGGCAGCACGCAUAGAAGCCAUAUGCGAUGAAGAACGCUAUAUGGCAUUGCAUACAGACCUCUUGGAGGAACAAAAUAGACAUGAAGAGGAACUGAAACGUUUGAAUGAAGCAAUUACGUCUGACCAAGGUUACAAUGCCAUGGCAUUUGGCUAUGGUAAUGAAGAUUAUGAUCCGAUGCAACCAACUGAAGAUGAAAGAGAAGCGAGACAGAAGAAGCUUGUAGCCUAUGGCUUUGACCCACCCACAUAUAAAGAAGAAGACAGCUCUGCUACUGCUGCUGCUGAAUUGGAGGAACCUUUCAUAGCACCUCCACAGUUAAAACUACCACCGGGAAUGGAACAGCCAAUGACAUUGAAGAUACAUGUUAUCAUCGAAAAGACAGCAAUGUUUGUGCUCAACCACGGACCACAGAUGGAAAUCAUCGUCAAGACCAAACAGGCCAAUAAUCCACAGUUUGAUUUCCUUCAGUUUGACCACUUUCUCAACCCUUACUACAAACACGUAAUGGCAGCCAUUAAAUCAAAGAUGUACAUUCCCACAAUGCUCCAAGCACCUGAAUCGGACAAGAAAAAACAAGGGGAGAUUAUCAGUAGACGUAGCAGUAAUAGCAACAGUUUACAAAGUGAUGAUGACGAUGAUGAUCUGGAAGGAAGUGGUUAUCUUCACCCUAGUCUCUUUGCCCCGCCCAAGCCCAAACCAUCCAUCUCAGCAGUACAGCAUCCUCCUGUGAGUGUGCCCCCUCCUGACAACAUUCCAGCAGCUCAGCUCGGCAUCCAUCAUAGGGAACCCUUCCCCCUGAUGGAACCGCACCAACAACCGCAUCAACUCAUGGCAUACUAUGAGGGGGAACCCGUCACCACCAGUGCACCUUUUCCUCUACCCCCAAUGCUGGCCCCUCCUCCACCACCCAUGGAUCACAGCAGUGCAGGGGGUCCCAUACAGAUGAGUCAUCCAAUGGGACAGCUAGCCCCACCUGGUUUCUUGCCCGGCGAGCCACCCCUACCUGGCCCAGUCAUGCCACAUCAUCACCCUGCCUUAUCUUCUCAUGAUAUUCCUCAUCCUCAUCCGCCUACUGCUAUGUUGGGUCCUCCUCUCAUAAGCCAGGAAUUGGCCAUUCCACAUGCUUCUGAAGAAAGUGCAAUGGAGCCCCAACCACUCCCAAUCGUCCCACCCCCUCCUGACAUUCAACCAGUCAUAGACAAGCUGGCCAAAUACGUGGCGAAGAAUGGGGACGAGUUUGAGGCAAGCGUCCGAGCCAAGUGUGACCCUCGCUUUGAGUUCCUUGUGCCAUGGCACAGCUACAAUGCUUACUACCUCGCUAAGAAGAAGAUGUUUAUCCAGGAAUUCAAUCAGGGUGCAGAGAGCAGUAGCGGAGACCAAAAGAGUGCUACAGAUAAAUCUAAGAAAGUGCCUGUUAGGUUCCCUAUCAAGCCAAAGAAAGCCGAAGAGCGAACACUAGAGAGGAAGAGCGCCCUCCCUGUUGAGAGCAGCAGCGACUCUGACGACCAGGAAGACUCCAAUCAAUCUACCUCAGCAAGCAAUCCUCAAGUCCGCAAGUUGCCAACACAGGAUGUACAGUACAGAGAUAUGAUGGUCCAUGAUGAGAGUGAGCAGCGGUAUGGUGGGAUGCAGUAUGACAAUCAAGGAGGGGUCCAAGGCACCGGAGAGGGGGAUGCUUUGUACCCCUAUCAGGAGUAUGAGCAAGAAGAAAUGGAUGAUAGAGGGAUGGUGGAAUAUGGCAGGGAGCAUCAGAGAACGGGAGGUAACCACCAACGAUUAGAAGACAGGCUUGCUAUGGCUGCUAGGAAGAAACUUGCCAGUGCUUCACAGGAAAGAAGUGUACAGGUUGAGAGGCGCAAGAAACUAGCUCUAUUUCUUAGUCAGGUCAAGGAUAGACCUCAGGCAGCUGCUGCAGCUUCUCAGGAGGGUGGUAUGUCAGAUGCUGAAAGAGACUACAGAGAGGAUUCUGAUAGGGGCCACCUGUCAAGACGACAGAGGUCUCCUCCAGUUAGAACAAGUCGUAGAGAUAGAACAGCUAGCCCACCUUAUACCGAGAGCAGAAGUAGUAGGAAAGCGCCCUCUAUGCCCAAAUCUUAUCAAACAGCUGUCAACAGAGAGCAAAUGGAAAGGGAAAGGAGAAGAAAGCGUCAUUCCAGGUCUCGGUCUCCCUCCCCUCGAAAGAUGAAGAGAAAGUCUCCUCCUCCAUUCAGUGCAGGCACUUCCUCAGCAAUUGGCAGGUCCAGUUCUACAUCAUCUCCAUCAUAUGAGUCAUUCCAAGAAAGAGAGGCCUCACCAGGCAGUGAUUCCACUUCAAAGACAAUCAGCCAACCGAAUACCCAACAAGCCAGUGGAUCUGAAACCAAGACUGAUGCUAAAGGAGGUGCCAGUGACUUGCGAGCCAAAAUACGUGCAAUGCUAGCAGCUACAAUGAGUAUGAGCAAAGAGGACAUUGGAUGAUAUCGGUUGAGGCCAGCAAUGAAAUGGUUGUGGAAACAGGAGAUGCAGUGGAGUACUGGAAUCUUUUUUAACGCUAGGAUGCAGAAAGCAGUGUCAAAGGAGUUAAUCUUUGCUAUUAGUAGGAUGAAUGAGACAGUGUUGCCCAUGAUAUUCAUAUCAUUCUAUAAAGCAAGUAAUAUUAUGGAUCCCUCUGGUGUAAUUGAUAGAAAGUGACUAUGCGAGUUGUGCUUAUUCAAUGCUGGAUAUGGAGAUGAAGACAUUGACGGAUGGCUCCAAUACCAAGGUGUAAUAUUUAAACUAAUGACAAAUCUAAUGGGUUAACUCUCCUCUAUUUAUUCUCAUUUUUAAAUCUUUCUUUCAAAGAUCUUCCUUCUCUUUUAAUUUUAAACAAAGAUUAAAAUAAACAAAGAGAAUUUUAGAUAACUCAGGGACUUUCUUUGAUUAUUUUCAGUGUGUGAAAGAAAAAAAAAUUCUGAAAAAGCAAAACUGUAAGAACAUCCCGAUAAUAUUAAAGAGGGAGUGUGUGUUCGGAUGGUGGUGUGUUAAUCCUGAUGUGUAACAGGGUUGUUCUGACAGCUUGUAAUGUUCCAUGAGAUUAUAUUUCAACUUUUGUUACUUAGAGAAGAAAAGGGAGAUCUGAGAAAGCUUUAACACUUGAAGAAGUAACUCCAAGUUUUUAACCCUUUCACUGCUACUGUUAACGUUUUAUGCAAUGAAGACCUUUAGAGGUAUGUGUUCAAUGAAAAAUUUGUAUCAAGUAAGGAGUGCAUGUGUGUUUGUGUGGAUAAAUCUGCAUUGGAUAUGUUCUUUGUGUACGUAUUUAGUCAAAUUGCCAUGACAUUAAUAUUUUUCAGCAUAUUUGUGCUUCUAGCAGCAGCAAUUGCUAAUAUCUAUGUAUGUAAACUUCUGCAGGUAUUGUACAAAAGAAAGUGAUCUUUUGAUUGAAAUAUAUUUGAUGUCAGGGAAUGUGAAUGUUAGAUGUAUUUUUUUUCUCAGUUUAUUUUGUUGUGAGGUAGAUGUACUUAAUCACAUUCCUGAAAUUGAAUGACAUCAUUUCCACAGGCAAAUAUUAUAUCUGCACCUGUAUCCAGUAAAACAUUACUAUUACAUAAAUAUGUGAUGCUUAUGAAAAGCUAUUUCAAAUAUUUAUUUUUCAAAGACCAUAUUUACAUGUAAGAUUUGUAUUUACUCAAGCUGAAAAGCAAUAUCAAUUUCAUCUUGUUAGUUAUUUUUGGAAAUGGUAGUCAUAAUGCAAGGGAGAUAUAUGUAUUUAUCAUUGUAGCAUUGAACUAAUUCGUGGUUGUACUUUGUAAUGUUUCAAAUAAAAAUAAAUGAAUGUUUGGUGCAUUUCAGUUUAAAGCUGAGAAUUACAUGCAUACAAUGAGAAAUAUGUAUUUGAUUGAAUUUUGACAAAUGUUCAUUGAAAAAUUAUAGGUAAUGUACUUUGUAUUUGUGAAUGAAUUAUGCCAGAAUGGAUUUUGAACCAAAAGUCAUUGAAGUGUGUCAAUAUCCAUCUCAUUUUUCACAAUGUUGUAUAUAUCUGUGUAUAUCGUAAUGAUUUGAAAGGGUGAAAACUUGAAAUAUACGAGUAAGCAGAAGCUCGAUUCAUGCACUGUAUUUCAUACACUUACUUGAGAUGUUGAUGGUGCAUAGAACUGAUAAUGGUUAAAACUCAUUCUUCUGAUAUAGACCAUGUACCAUGACAAAAAUUGAUAAUGUAUGUUCAUUUUUGAGGACUCUUCACUGAAUACUCUUUCUUUUACUUCGACGUUUUCUUGUUUCCUUUUAUUGUGCUUUUCCACCCUUUAUUUUACAAGUCUGUACAGGGUUUUCCAUGCUGAAAAAAGUGUGUUUUGCUCUUCAUUUUGCUCUUUGCUAUGGAAAUGAAACUUGGUAUAUUAUCUAGUUGGUAAAUGGACAUUUGGUCUACACAUGCUUUCUGUGUUCUGUUUGGUCUCAUCCUACAUAUUCUUUAUAAAUACACUAGUUCAUCUAGAACCAGUUUAUCUACUAACUAUUUGAUCUAAUUGCCAUUUAGCCCAUUGGGUAUGUCCAUUUCGUCUCAUAUUUGCUGGUCUCCAACACCAUGAUUAGAGCUACUGUUAUGAACCCUACUUUCAUUUGACAAAGUGGACAAAUGAUGAGUACGCAAGGUGAAAAUAAGACCAUCUCUGCAUUAGACUUAUUUGACAAUUACACCAAAUGCAUAAUAGACGAAAUGGAUAGUAGACCAUGUAAUAUUAAAGAGUACAUCAGAAGCAGCUCAAGUGAAUAGAAACUGAUCUAGUCACACAUAGUAUUCAGCAAUGAUGACAGCAGGAUAAACAAACAGUUCUCGAGAUGCGUGAUGUUUUGUAUUCUAUGUACUUGUUAUAUGUGUGUUUUUUUUUAAUUGUGCUGUGUUUCCCGCUGAGUUUAUGAAAGAAUAUGGUCAAUUCCAUAAAAUGAUCAACCAUUUUGUACAUGCAACCUCCCUUUUUACUUCAUUCUGAUUUCAUUUCAUGAACUGCUCAAGCCAUGAUAAUUUGAGAGCAUUACAGCUUUCUAUAUGACCUAGAAAAGAGAUAUUGGAAGGUCCAAUUUUUUUGGAGAUGGAUGUACAUCAUGAAAUUGUGAUUUUUUGAUUGAUUUGUCAAUAUUUGACCAUUUGAUUUGUUUCAUUUAUUCAAGUCUCCCAGGAAGGGAGGUUUGUAUACCAUUCUCAUUUCUAAGACACAUUUUAUUUCAAUCGUAUGGAAAAAUCUGAUCUUGGAAUGAUUAUUGCUGAGCAUAUUGAGCAAAAUAGUUGUCCUUCCCCUUCUUCAUCUCUCAUUGGUGUUUUCAUUUCAUGAAUAUUCAUAAGGGCUUUCCAUUGCUUUUAAUUGCUCCUCUGUAAUGAACCGCUUCACCUGAAAGUCUUUCUAUAAUAAUGCAUUCUGAUGGUUGUUAUAAGUGCAUUUGUUCUGAGUUCAAAUUGUAGAAGUGGGACUAUGGGUAAUUCUAUGUAAUGCACAUGAUACCUUACAUUGUUUCAGGGCAUCAGUUCCUGCGCUGAUGAAUUACAUCCACAAAUGUAAUAUUGUCCAAUGCACAUCUGACGAGAGUAGAUAAAAGGAAAAGAAUACUUCAGAGAUUUUUAGAGUUGGGUUCUUUUAUAGAUGAUUAACAGGAGUCCUUGGGAGUGUUUUAUGAAUCAAAUGGUGAUUUUCACUGACAAUUGUUAUAAGGUACUGAAAUCCUUGCAUCUGUUUGGCUGAGAAUAAAUCAGUCGGAGAAAAUCACUUUUUGCUGUGUGAAUCCUCCCCUGGUUAUGAGCUUGAAGGGAGAAACUAUUUCUAAGUGGUUGGAAAUGUUGAUUGUAAUGCACCCAAUGUAUUCCGUCAUUUUUCAUUCGCCCAAAUGAUGAGAAAUGAAAGACGUGUGUAUGGUCUGCACACAGGAAUGAAUAUGUGCAUCACACAAACGUUCUGCUCUUUUUAUUUUUUUAUAGGGAGGGGGUCAUAUAUCAAAUUAUAAAAGUGGUUAUAGUGAUACUUAGCAGGAUUUCCCCCAAUGAGCAUUUUAACAAAUUCUACCAGUUUAAAAGCCUUUUUGUAGUAGGUUGCAAUAGAGGUAUCGCACAAUUUGUUAUUAUGCAUAUCUUGCUUGGUUGUAUGUGUAUAUUUGUCACGUAGACAUUAUGUUUGUAGGUUGAUCUGUUCACAAGUGUGAUUUUGUUGUCUUGAUAGUGGUUGUCAGAGUUGCUGCAUGUAUGAGUCACUUAGCAUUAUCUUUACUAAAGAAAGAGUAUUCAGGAUGUAAUCUGCAAAUAUUUCCAAUGUGUACACAAUUACUGGCCUGUAUUCUGAAUUCUGGUAUAAAGUUGUGGAUGUGACACAUAUCUCAGAAUACAGGCCACAUUGUGAAAUCUUUUUUUAAAAUCAAUUUGAAGAAUAUAUUGUCAAUACAUAGUUUGAAUGCUUACUCAAAAACUGUAUUUGGAUAUAGCCUUCCAACAUUUAUUGUACUUAUCUAUAUGCAAAGACGGCACAGAAGAAUUUAUACUCUUUCCCCAAGUUUUUUUUUCGUCGGGAAAGUAAAAAAGAUUGUCUUUGAAAGGCAAUUGAACUUGAAUGUUGCAUGCUAAGUGUAUUUGAGAGAUUAUACAUUGUAUAAACUUGGCGUGUGUUAGUAUUCAGUUUUAAAGGGAGAUAUCUCUCAUGAAAUAUUAGCUUUUGCAGUGCAGUAGAUUUGUAGGAACCAAAGAAGUGUUCUUUUUUCUGAUUGAAAUGAUAUUGAAUAAUACAAGCUGUUAUUUGCCAUAACUGAGGAUCACAUUUUAAAGGACAUGAAGUGUGAUUUCCAAAGACUGUGUUCAACUUUGUUGUAGUAGUGCUAGUUCAUGUGUUUUGCUAUAUGUUAUGCUAAUUUGUAAUAUAUUUGCUAUGGUCAAAAUUUAGGUAUUUUGCAAAGAAACUUGAGAUGUGUAAAUUGUACAUUUAUUUUAUUGAAUUGAUCUAGAUGGCUAACAAAGGUGGUGAUUUGUUGCCCAUCUAUUUAGUUGUUUCUACUCUAUUGCCAUUUCUAUAAAGGGCCUGCUCACCAGACACACUGUAAAUAGUCAAUAUGUAAAAAGUGAGAGAAAGAUGAGAGAAUAAACUGUUUUAUCAUUCUUUUCCA